AUGGCUCCUCCCCCAGCUCCAGGCGUCUGGUGCCCCGCGGUAACCUUCUACACUCCCGAAAGCGACACGGCAACCUUGGAUCUCGCGGCACAGAAGCAGUACUUCACAUACCUCUCCAAAUCAGGUCUUACUGGUUUAGUCAUUCUUGGCUCGAAUGCUGAGGCGUUCCAGCUCACUCGCGACGAGAAAAAGGCAUUGGUAAAAUGCGCCCGCGAGGCUGUCGGCCCCAACUACCCCCUCAUGGUGGGAAUUUCGAGCUUCUCCGUAUCACAGGUAAUGGAGAAUAUCAGCGACGCCAUCGAAGCCGGAGCGAACUACGGGCUGUUGCUGCCAGCCGCAUACUAUGGGCCUGCGACAUCCAAAGAGGUUGUCAUGGCCUUUUACAACGAGGUCGCACAGAAGUCUGAGUUGCCUAUCGUCAUCUAUAACUUUCCGGGUAUCUGCAAUGGAGUGGAUCUUGAUUCUGUCACAAUCGCUGCGCUUGCCAAACAAAACCCAGGGAAGAUCGUCGGUGUGAAGUUGACAUGUGGUAGCGUAGCGAAAAUCACAAGGCUUUGUGCUGAGUUGCCGGGCGAUACCUUUUCUACGUAUGCUGGACAGGCGGAUUGGAUGGUAGCCGGCCUGGCAGUUGGAAGCGCUGGUUGCGUAUCAGCAUUCAGUAAUGUCUUCCCAAGGGUCUGCUCGAAGAUCUAUGAGUUGUAUACUAGUGGCGAGACACAAGCAGCACUAGAGCUACAUCGGAAGGCGGCACUUGCAGAGAGCCCAAUCAAGGCUGGUAUCGCGCCCACGAAGCACGCCGUCAGCCAGUACAGUGCGAAAGCAGCCGGUAUCGAGGGUGCAGAGGAGAGGCUUAACCCAAGGCGACCAUACAUGCCUGUUAGUGAGGCGCUCAAGACUAGUGUAAAGAGUGCCAUGUCAGAGCUAGCUGUGAUCGAGACCAUUUGUUAG